AAGCAAGAUGGCAGCUUCCUUGUGGCUGAGCUGCGGCGGCAAGAGGGUGGCGAGGCUGCUGCUGGGGGGGCGGCCAGUUUCGGGCGCUGGCGUGUCUUUCCCCGCUCGAGGAGGCUGGAGGCGUCUGCACGGAACCCGAGAGCUACUGGGUACGCCUGGUAUUAAAGUUCUCAUGCCUGCACUUUCUCCUACAAUGGAAGAAGGAAACAUUGUGAAAUGGUUAAAAAAGGAAGGUGAAACAGUGAAUGCUGGAGAUGCGUUGUGUGAAAUUGAAACAGACAAAGCGGUGAUUACCAUGGAAUCAAGUGAUGAUGGCAUAUUGGCUAAAAUACUGGUGGAAGAAGGAAGCAAAAAUGUACGCUUGGGCUCACUAAUCGGUCUGCUGGUAGAGGAAGGACAGGACUGGAAGCAAGUUGAAAUACCAGCUGAUGGUAGUGAUCCAUCUUCUUUGGCUCCACCAGCACCUGCUCUUACCUCAGUUCCUGCAGAUCCUUCAGUUUCAGCCCCUCCUAAACUGGAACAUCAACCUGGAAAAUUACAGGUUCGCUUAAGUCCUGCAGCUCGCAACAUUCUGGAGACACAUGGACUAGAUCCAAGCAAUAUUACACCUUCUGGGCCUCGAGGAAUCUUCACUAAAGAGGAUGCUCUCAAACUUCUGCAAGAGAAGCAGAAGGGUAAACCGGGUGAAUUGAAACCUUUGGUUUCUCCAGCUCCUCCCCAGCCUACUGCAGUGCCUUCUGCUUCGCAAGCAACAGCUGUGACUUCUGCUUAUCCAAGGCCAGCAGUUCCACCAGUUUCCACACCAGGACAACCUGCUGCACUGGGCACAUUUACAGAAAUCCCAGCUAGCAACAUCCGAAGAAUUAUUGCUAAGAGAUUAACAGAGUCUAAAACUGCUAUACCUCAUGCAUAUGCUGCUGCUGACUGUGACAUUGAUGCUAUUUUGAAAUUAAGAAAAGAAUUGGCCAAAGAUGACAUUAAAGUAUCUGUAAAUGAUUUUAUUAUCAAGGCAACUGCAGUUACUCUGAAGCAAAUGCCAGAUGUGAACGUAACCUGGGAUGGAGAAGUCUGCAGGCAGCUGCAGUCCAUUGACAUUUCUAUUGCUGUGGCAACAGACCGAGGUCUCAUUACACCAAUCAUAAAAGAUGUUGCUGCCAAGGGAAUAAAGGAAAUUGCUGCCUCUGCAAAGGCUCUAGCAAAGAAAGCAAGAGAUGGAAAACUGUUGCCAGAAGAGUACCAGGGAGGAUCUUUUAGUAUCUCCAACUUGGGCAUGUUUGGCAUCAAUGAUUUCACUGCAGUCAUAAACCCUCCUCAGGCUUGCAUCCUAGCUGUGGGCCGAGCAAGACCAGAGCUCAAGAUUGUGGAAGAUGAAGAGGGGAAUGAAAAACUUAAGCAGCAUCAACUCAUGACAGUGACUCUUUCAAGUGAUGGUCGGGUGGUAGAUGAUGAACUGGCUUCAAAGUUUCUGGAGACCUUGAAAGCCAACAUAGAGAAUCCAAUGCGACUUGCCUUGUGUUAAACUCAGUGAAGAUUGCUUCUUGUUUUGACAACAUAGAUAACUGUUAUGUACUUGGGUUGUUUUUCUGUAUAAAGGAGUAAAUAGUGACUGUGAGAUGGACAGUUAAAAUAUUUAAUUUAUUGAAUUAACAUGAAAAACUAUUAAUUUUCAUGCUUUUAGUCUUUUGCAAUGACCAGGUUUUACACCGUAAAGCUAGAAGACUUUAAAGUUAACAUACUACGUUUCUUUAAACACUUAGUACUAAUUGCACAUAACAUUUGCGUAGAAAAGUCAAUCUCCUCUGUAAAGGAAAAUUCAAGGAAACUUUGUGAAAUUUAAAAGGGAAUCAUAGAAUAGUUAGGGUUGGAAGGGACCUUUCUUUAAAGGUCAUCU